AUGAAGAAGGUACAUACCUUGAAGCCGGGGUCAUCGAAGCGACUUAAGAGCAAGAGUAUUUAUAAAGCUUAUAUGCCUCAAUUAGCUAAUGAUCAAAAUGGUGAUCAUAUGUAUAACAAUAAUAAUAUAGUGGUUAAAAGGUAUGCAUAUUAUUAUGAUGAGACAUGUGUGCCAUAUAUAUGGAUACAUGAUGCAGGAUUAAGUUUUUCAAGGAAAGUUAACCAGCAAUAUAUUAGCCUUGAAGAUCUUAGAGAUUGUUCUGAAAUCAAGAUUUUUAGAGACCAUCAAAAAGGGUGUAUUGGUGUUCGAAAAAAGUUUAAGGCUGAUUUCUGCUAA